AUGAAGCACAAGCUGAAACAUUUCAUUUGGAAAUGUUUGCAUGGGGUGUUUCCAGUUAAUGCUGUGAUUCGAGAGCGAUGUUCCAAAGGCGAUCCCAUGUGUAAAUGCUGUGGGGAGAGCACAGAGACUAUAGAACACUGUUUGUUUCUAUGUGACCACUCCAAGGUGAUAUGGAAGGCUGCUCCACUGAACUGGGAUGGGCUGGAGUUGUUUUCAAACAGGUUCUGGCACUGGAAUGCAAGACAGUUUGAGGAAAGGAAUGGAGACCCAAGGGUAGCAGUGGAGAAAGCAUUGAGGGAGUGGAGGGAGUACCAGGAAGCUCAGGAUUGGGAAAAUGGAACAGAAGGAGAUCAUGCGAGGAAGGAUAAAGGCUCGACAGGUUGGAGGAAACCAAGGGUUGGUUGGGUUAAGAUGAAUUCAGAUGCUACGUUGCAUCUUAAAGCUGAUAGAGCUGGGUAG